UAAAAUUAACAUAAAUAAAAUUUUAACAAAGAAAAACACAAACCUGUUGCUGCUGCAUAAAUUUUGUACAGAUAUGUUUUUCUCUUUUCAAUAUGCGGUUUUAGCUCAGGAAAAUAGUUUAAAACAAUUUCAAAAACUGUCUCAUAACUUGGUAACGGAUAUUCAGCAAUAAUUUCGUCUCGUAUUUUUUCCAUAUUUGAUUGGAAGAAUGAUUUAUGUUUACUUAAAACAAACUUCAUCAUGUCAACAUAUUCACGGGACAUCAAACCGUUGAGAGUGAUUAUGGCGGCAUUACAUUCGAAUAUAUCUUUGGCACAAGCGUACACUUCAUAAAGUUCUUUAACAAGCUCUAACUCAUUAGCGCAGAUCAACGCGUGCAGUGCGGUAUAACCUUGCGUAUUAGAUAUCUUCACAAGGCUCGGUUGCUUCCGUAUUUCAGCUCUGUAAUUUUCGCAGGCUUUUUUAUAAGUUAUAAGGUCGAUCAGUGCAACAGCUUGUCCCCAUUUGUAGGACAGAUCGUAUUGAUACGUUUCUAAUUCAGAGCGAAUAUAAUCAUCACAAAAUUUUCUAUUUACACGAGACCAAAACCAUUCAUUGUGGUCCAACUUAAGUAUGGAAUUAAAAGCCUGUGAAGACGAUUCUCCAUAGAGUGUCUGGCGAUAGUACAGCAUAGCGUCGAGUACCACUUUGAAACAAAAUCCAUUUUGACGAUCGAUGAUAUAGUGCAAUACAUGUUCAUUGUUUUCAUCCAGUGCAAUUGGAUCAAUGUUAUCAGUAUGCUUGCCGAUCAGUAGCUUUAUUAUCUCAUUUUGAGAAGCUUCACAUGCCGAAUGGAACGGUGUUCGCUUUCCUGCACCUCUGAAUUUAAAAUCGGCUCCGUAGCCCAUGAGAAGGUUCAACACAGUUUUGUUUCCAUGAUAGGCCGCCAACUGCGGCAACGUUUCACAUUUCCCCAAAAGUCCCGUACUAUUCCAAAUUAAUUGUCCGUUUUUGACCAACAGAGAUUUAAUGGUUUUAAAGAGCUUCAAAGGAUCAUUAGAUUUAGAGUUUACCACGGCCAAUUUCUUGCGAUCAUUUGGAUACUUCAUCAAAAUAAGUAUUGAUUGCUCCAGAAUGAUAGAUGACGAGCAAUCGAAUUGAGACAGUUGACUCACAUUGUCAUAUUGCUCUUCGUUUAGUGCCAACAGGAUAGGCCUUCUCAACCAAAACUUAUCACUUGCACUGCAUCUAAACUUUUUUACUAGCUGCUUACCUACAAAAAGGAGAUCUUUUUGCAUCCGUUGAACUAAAAACUCUGCUACUUCCGUCUGAUUUUCGACGAUGGUCACGUGUGCCGCCGUUUCUCAAUCCUGAAUGGGUUCAUAAAUGUUAGCACCACCUGCUACCAGCUCUCUUACUUGAUCGAUGAACCCUCGCAGCCCUGCGUAAUGUAAGCGAUGCGGGUGCAAUUCGGCAGGAAAGUAUCGUUUGCGAUACAUUGCAGCGUAGAGCAGGAACACAAAUGGCUCGAGGUUUCCGUGCUUUUUAAAACUUUGACUAAAACGAUUACAUGAAAUGAAUUAACUUAUCGGCUAUCAGUAACAGCGAAACCGCUUGCAACACACGCACCGCUCGAAGCUAACUGAUAAAUUAAUGUGACUCAUCGUAUAGCCGAAAAUGAUGUGCUUAUACUAUGCUUUCCAAUAUUAUAGAGGAAAGCGUAGUAAAAUGUAAAAAGGAAAACGCAUAUGUAUGUAACUAUGAAUUACACCAUUAAGGUUUAGAUAAUAGCAAUUUGUACUAGAUAUAUCACCAAUUUUUUCAAAUGCACAAACGCAUAAACACUAUUAACAAUCAUAAGGUACUAAAAAUAUGAAAACCAAUGAAUGUCGGACUCAUGCUCUGUUUUUCCAGAUACAUGGAAUUUUGACACAUUCAAUUGUAACAAAUUGCAUUCGAUUGAGUAAAUUUAUUUUUUAUAGUUUUGUAAAUGUCGAGAGUUACCUUAGGUGCGCAAUAUUACGAAAUUCAUUAAACCGCAUUUAUAUACAAGUCAAAGCACCAUUAUCGAAUAGUUCAGUAACACUUUCAAUGUGGAGAAAGACACCGAGUCAUCUUUCGUUGCCGAUAAAACUUUAGUUCGCAUCAUGGAUUCAGAGCUUGAGUGGAUAGGAUUUGGAUUAUUUGAUGACGAUGAGAAUCCCACAAAUGAUGUUUCGUUACAACCAGUAGACGAUCUGGAUUUCCGACAAAAGCUACUCCAGUUCAAAAUAAACUUCUACCAAUCGUCUAAAGAUGGAACCUUGCUGCAUAACUGGAUACGGAAAAAUAACAAGCAGAAAAUUGAUGAUUUACUGCAUGCUUACCAGCUCGAUUUCAAUCGCAUUCGUGACUAUUUGGUAUCCAAAUUCCAAUGGAACAUAGGUGAUAAAAUAUUGUUUCGAAAAACCAUACUAGUAGCAGUUGAUGAAGAGCUUUGCGUGACAGCUAAAAAACUUGAAAAUCGGCAAAUUUCACAAGAAGACUUAUCACGAGCUGUGUUUGUUUUACUGAAAGUACCUGUUGAAGGAGAUGAAGUGGCUGUGAUCCACCCGAGUGAAACCAAUCGGUUAGAAGUAUUACAAUUAAUAAAUAAGCUUAUUCCAAACGGAUACCUUAGCUGGAACAGCACUGGAACUGAAAGAAUGAACGAAACACCGAUGGAAGUAGCCGCUGCAUGUGGCAAUAUUGCCCUGAUCGGUCGGCUCUACAACAUGGGAGCAGAUAUUGCAUUUCACACCCAUAGUGCAUUGAAUGCCGCGUGUCGGCAUUUCCGGGAAAACGUCAUUUUCUGGCUAUUAACAGAACAUUUUGACGACUUCGAUUGCACUCUCCGGGAUGCUCAAAAACACAACGCCAUUAUGUUACUUAUGCGACGGAAAAAUCAAGUGAAAGUAUUUCAAUUUGUUUUAGAAAAAAUGAUCGCUUACAGGCAAAAGUACUACCAUGAGUCCGAAUCAACUGCCUUCAAUGAAAUCUUUCGUGCCGAAGAUAAGGAUCUGUCUAGUCUUUCAAUUCUUACUUACAUCGGAAAAGGUCCAAUAUUAAAUGAAAUUGAAAAAUAUAUUGUUAAAUACAAGUUUAACUUGUCCUAUCAAUGGGAGAAUGUUACGAUAUUAGCUACAAUGUUGUGUCGCAAGAUUGCUUUGAAAUAUUGUUUCGACGAAAUACGUAUAAACCCCGAUCUUUUAAAGCUGAUGGACUAUGGCUGCAUAACCGUUCUACACUGCAUGGUCAUUUAUGGACACAUAGACUUUCUUCGAGAAAUAUACGCAUUGAAACCGGAGUCAACAACAUAUUUUGAAACCGACGGAGGAAUUGAAGUUUUGCAUAGAGCGCUUUAUGGUGGGAAUAUUGACCAAUUACAGUUUAUAUUUGAACAUCACUUGGAGUUUGUCAAAAGCCAUCUCGAACAACUACGAGAGCAAAUCGUUCGGCUUAACCCUUUGGACAAAAUAAAAGACGUGCUCUUGAAAUAUUUUCCCGAGCUUCGUGAGGAUGUUGAAAAAGCGUGUGAACCUGAACCAGCAUAUAGUUCAUUAUCAGAUAUAGAAUCGUCCUUUCCUAACAUCGAUGCGACUCUAUCACACAACACAAACCCACCCAGCAGCAUUAGGGGAAGAAAUGGUGAAACUCUGCUCCACUUAGCCGUUGCCAGAGAUGAUGUCGCCCUGUUUAUCAAAUUACUAGAACUAGGAUGUGACCAAAAUGCUGUGGAUAACGAUGAAAAUCAUACGGUCCAUUUCGUGCGAAGUUUAGACAUGCUUAAUCUGCUUAUCGAGCGUUAUCCAGAAAGGGAAGUAAUAGUACAAAUCCGAAAUGCAAACGGAUGCACUGUACUACAUCGAGUCUGUUCUCGCUAUAUGGAGCAAAAAUCGCGUCUUUCUUUGGUAGAACGAAUCGUCGAAUGUGGAGCGGAUGUUAACGCGUUGACUGUACAAGGAGACACAGCUUUGUUUUGUUUAAUAGAAUGUGGUCCUGUGAAUGUUCUUUUGAAACACAACAUUAAACUGGAUGUGGUUAACUUAGACGGUGAGACCGCUUUAUGGCAUCAAUUGCGUAAAGGAAAUGUUUGUAUGGCUAAUGCAUUGCUUCCACUGUUUAAUAAUCUCCCUUGUUUCAAAACUGGUGCUCAUGAAUUUCUGGGAUUAAUGAUGAACAGCAGAAACAGAGAUUUCUUCAGUUGUGAUUACCAGUGGUAUUUGGAGAAGCACCCUGAAGUUGCGAAAUUUUUGUUUGAUUCAGUAUAUCAACAUUCGCGGGAAGAAGCCAGCAGACUGUUCGCCAAAGCAUGUUAUAGUGCCUUUAAUUUUGUGGUUGAGAAAUUUUUGGACUACAACUAUGAUUUGAAUUACAACUACACAGAUGACGAUGGAUAUUCACCUUUGAUUGGGCUGUUGAGUUAUAUGGAAAAGAAAAAUGAUCAUCUGGUUAAACGGCUUCUCGAAAAGGAUGGAAUUGAUUUAGAGGCACGCAAUAAAUGGGGACGGACCGCUCUUUUAUCGAUAACUUGUCAUUUUAAAUCUGCACAGUGGUAUGGUCAUAGCACUGAAACAGUUCAGCUGUUAUUGGACCAUGGGGCAAACAUUAAUGCUGCUGACUGCGAUGGAAAUACGGCACUGCACAUGGCUUUCUCGAGCAGCGAGAGGCAGUUAGCAGAGGUGUUGAUUCGAAAUGGGGCAGAUUUGAAGGCUGUGAAUAGAGAUGGUAAAGUGCCGUAUCAAAUGGGAGGAAGGAUAGAUCAGGAAUUGUUCUAUUUCAUGGUUUGAAACGUGCUGCGAUGUAUAGAGUAAACUAAACCCGGUGCCUUGAUCGUUUAAUCAGAAACAAAGUACAGAGAUAAGUUAUAUGUUUCACGGAUUCCUGCUGUUACCAGUACAAUAACUGCCUUUAUACGUAUAUUGUAUUUAUAUUUUUAACUUACUUAUUGUCGUAUUUGGCUGUCAAAGCCUUGCAAUAAUUGCAAAAAAAAACAAACCUUAUUGAAUCAUUAGUGUAUCUUCUGCCUUAGCAGCUUCAUUAAAAACCGCAGCAAUACGGUCCACUGUUACCCGGGAACUGUGACUUGACGUUUUAAAUAGUACACAUGCCAAAAAAUCCAUAACCAUUCUCAUAUCUGCAGGAACUCUAAUACACAAAUAAAAAACACUUUUUUCAAACAACAAUACAGCACGUUUUUCCAAACAACAACUUAUUUUUAGCGAAACGUUUUUAAAUGUUUUCAAUACCACUUCAGAAAAAAAGAGUAUAGCAGAGAAUUAUGACAAUCUAAAUAACUGUUACUCAGUUCGGUAAACGAAGCUUACUCAAUUUUUGACGUUUUAAUAGACAAUGUAAAACUGAGUCAAAGUUGCUCAAAUUAGAGUAAAAUAAAAGGAACGUGUAAGAUUUUUCAAGUUCUGGGUUACAAUUGGGUUGUUUAGCUACUCACGGAUUUCUGAUUGUUAUAUAUCAGGUAAUAGAGUGUAUUUUCUAAGCAA